AAAAAGGGAAAGGAGGAGUUUGAUCAUUCCAAAACCCUCUUUCUUCUUUACAAUGCGAUUUUCAUGUCAACCCUUUCACUCUAUUACUGUCUUCACCAUUGUUGUUGUUUCAGAUUGUUCAUUCAUUUACUUGAUCCUUCGUUUUCCAUUUUAUGCUCUUAACCCAUGCAGCUUCAAUUUUAGAGACAACUUUGAGGCGGUGUAGGGCAGUUUCCGAUGAGUACUGCCGGGUGGUCAGAUGAGGAACGCUCUGUCAUUGGAGAUACGGCUGAAAUUGGGUUUCUAGAUUUUGAGGAAGAGAAAUCUGUUUGCAGUUACUUUGAUUAUGAAGGGGUUCCAGUUGUUGUAUCUGCCCCAUUUCCAUUUGUGGAAGGCAAGCCUCAAUCUGUAUUUAUAGGGGACACUGCUGUGGAUUUAAUAACCAUUAGGAAUACUACUGAUGAACCAGUGGACCUGUGGAGUGUUCAUAUUUUUGCCUCAAAUCCUACGGACAGUUUCACUCUCUCUCUUACAGAACCUCUACCGGAAAAUUCAAAUGCAGAAGGAGAACAGAGCUGCUUAGAAUCUUUCUCUUUGGAGGACAGGGUGCUUCAACCUCGUGAAAACUUGAAAGUAUGGCUGUCUUGCAAGACAAAAGAAAUUGGCAUGUGUUCAUCAGUCAUAUAUUUUGAUGCUGGAGAUGAAAAAAUUGAAAGGGUGGUUUUCCUCUUAGUUGAAGACAAAAUCUCCAAGUCUUUGGCUUCUAAGAGGCCCUAUUCAAGAGCAAAGAAAAAGGACAAAUUUGUUGUGGAUAAUUAUGUUCCAGGUUCACGUCCUGCAGGGAAGCCAACUCGAAGAUACAUAAAUAGGCUUCCGAAAUAUCACAUUCCCAGGGACAUGAGAGAGUUGCUUGAGAAUAAUCAGAUCCCUCAAGUUGUUGAAGAAGGUCUUACUAGAAGGACUUAUUCAUCUUAUUUCAAAACAUUAAUAAUAAUGGAAGAGAUCCAGUUGGAGGAAGACAUGAGGAUUUAUGAUAUGGAAUCUAUAUCGAUGAGAAAGAGGAACAAUCGAUUUUUGUCUAUGGAGGUUCCUGGGCUUGCUGAGAGAAGACCAUCUCUGGUUCAUGGGGAUUAUAUAUUUGUUAAGCUCGCAUAUGAUAAUAGCAACAGACAGCCUUAUCAGGGCUUUAUCCACCGAGUUGAAGCUGAUGAAAUUUAUUUGAAGUUUGAUCCUGAAUUUCACUUUUACCACAAGGACGAAAAUACAUAUGAUGUUCACUUCACCUAUAACAGGAUCAAUAUGAGAAGGCUAUAUCAAGCAGCUGAGGCAGCAGAAAACUUGGGUACCGACAUCCUCUUUCCAUCUACAUCAAUAAAGAGACACAUUAAAACUGCUGCUCUAGUACCCAUAUCUGGUACUUUUAACGAGGAGCAAAUUUGUUCAAUCAAAAUGAUUCUUGGUUGCAAAGGUGCACCACCUUAUUUGAUUCAUGGACCCCCUGGUACGGGAAAGACAAGGACAAUAGUAGAAGCAAUCCUGCAGCUCUACAAAUAUCACAAGAAUGCUCGGAUUCUUGUGUGUGCACCCUCAAAUAGUGCAGCAGACUACAUACUGGAGAGACUCCUUACUCAACAGGACAUUGAGUUGCGAGAAAAUGAAAUAUUCAGGCUCAAUGCAUCUACUAGGCCAUACGAAGAUGUUAAACCUGAAAUUAUCCGCUUCUGCUUCUUUGAUGAUAUGGUAUUUAAGUGUCCCCCAGUGAACGCCCUCAGUUAUUAUAAGAUCAUAAUAUCCACAUAUAUGAGUGCGUCUCUUCUUUAUGCUGAAGAUCUUGCCCGUGGUCACUUUUCCCAUAUUUUUUUGGACGAGGCUGGCCAAGCUUCUGAACCUGAAACCUUGAUCCCUGUAUCCCACCUCUGCACAAUGAAAACUGUUGUUGUUCUGGCUGGAGACCAAUUGCAAUUGGGUCCAGUAAUAUAUUCCAAGAAAGCAGAUGAGUUUGGUUUGGGGGUUUCAUAUAUGGAACGAUUGUCUCAACUCCAGCUAUAUGCCAGUGGAGAUACUAACUAUGUAACACGAUUGAUUCGGAACUAUCGAUGUCACCCAGCAAUAUUGCAUCUUCCUUCAAAGUUGUUCUAUUAUGGGGAAUUGCUUGCUUGUAGAGAUUCCACAACUUUCCUGACGAUGGGGGAGUUGCUACCUAAUAAGGAAUUUCCUAUUCUUUUCUAUGGCAUCCAAGGAUGCGAUGAAAGAGAAGGAAAUAACCCAUCGUGGUUUAACCGCAUUGAAGUCAGUAAGGUUAUAGAACUUGUCAGUAGACUGAUUGCAGGAGGGAACAUAAAGGAGAAAAACAUUGGCAUAAUAACUCCAUAUAGGCAACAAGUGUCAAAAAUAAAACAGACACUUGAAAAUCUAGAUAUGCCUGACAUCAAAGUGGGUAGUGUCGAGCAAUUCCAAGGACAAGAGAUGGAGGUUAUUAUCAUAUCAACAGUUCGAUCAACUAUCAAACAUAACGAGUUUGACAGAGUCCACUGUCUUGGCUUUUUGAGCAAUUAUAGAAGGUUUAACGUGGCUAUAACUCGUGCUAUAUCAUUGCUGGUUAUAAUUGGGAAUCCGCAUAUAAUCUGCAAGGAUGACUAUUGGAGCCAAAUGUUGUGGUACUGUGUGGACAAUUCAUCUUACCAGGGUUGUUCUCUUCCUGAGAGGGUGGAACCUUAUGACGAUGAAGACGCUGAAGAGAACCCAUACUCGACUGAAGAUAAUGCGUGGCCCUCAAAUAACGCAGAAUGGGGUCAAGAUUCAUCAAACAAUGCAGAAUGGGGUCAAGAUUCAUCAAACAAUGCAGAAUGCGGUCAAGAUUCAUCAAACAAUGCAGAAUGGGGCCAAGAUUCUUCCCAGAUAGGGCUCCCUAAACCUGUUACCAAUGAAGCUGAGUGGUCUGAUGGCUGGAGAAGUAAUUAAUCCAGCACGUCGGACUACUUGGACUUUAUAUUUUAAUGUCUAUAUUCCAUUUUUUUCUGUUUAUAUUCCUUACGUUCUGUUAGAUACCAGAUUCUGAAUUCCCCCUGGUUUUGUGCAAGUUCAGCUUUUAGGUGAUGCUGCUGGAACUUGGUUUUCUCAAUGACUUUAUCACCAGAAAAGGGUUUCUGCGAUCUUAAUCUGGUGUUUGGCCGACACUGGAUAAAGAAAAUGAAAUAAUAAAGGGUUUUUUUUGGAUGAA